AUUAUCUAGUUUAUUUGUUCUAUAUUAAUACAAAGUCUAGCUACGAUAAAUACAGGGAACGGAGCAUCUAGUCGCUCUUUCAAGUCUACUUGUCACUUGACUUUAUAAUUAAUCUCUCUCUGUCUCCUUUUGAAAUCCUUCAAAAAUGUCGGGACUCAGAUUGGAUGGCAAAAUCGCAAUUAUAACAGGCGGAGCUAGCGGGAUUGGAGCCGAAGCGGUUAGGCUGUUCACGGACCACGGAGCUAAGGUGGUCAUCGUUGACUUUCAAGAAGAGCUUGGUCAAAACGUAGCCGUUUCUGUCGGGAAAGACAAAGCAAGUUUUUACCGUUGCGAUGUUACAAACGAAACAGAGGUAGAGAACGCCGUUAAGUUCACCGUCGAGAAAUACGGAAAGCUAGACGUUCUGUUUAGUAACGCCGGCGUUAUGGAACAGCCGGGAAGCUUUCUCGAAUUGAAUCUUGAACAGUUUGACCGAACCAUGGCGGUCAACGUUCGUGGUGCAGCUGCGUUUAUCAAACACGCGGCACGAGCCAUGGUAGAUAAAGGCACGCGUGGGUCAAUCGUAUGUACGACCAGCGUCGCAUCGGAGAUCGGUGGUCCGGGUCCUCACGCGUACACAGCGUCUAAGCACGCUCUUCUCGGGCUGAUUAAAUCGGCUUGUGGCGGGCUGGGGAAGUACGGGAUUAGAGUCAACGGCGUCGCACCGUACGCGGUGGCGACGGCGAUAAAUAGCCGUGACGAGGAAACGAUGAGGAUGGUGGAGGAAUAUAGCACCGCCACGGGGAUUCUCAAGGGCGUGGUGCUUAAGGCUCGCCAUGUGGCUGAGGCGGCUUUGUUUCUGGCUUCGGAUGAUUCGGCUUACGUUAGCGGCCAGAAUCUGGCUGUUGACGGUGGUUAUACCGUCGUUAAGCCCAUGUGAAAGGAAAGAAUAUUCUAAGUUUUUAAACUCCUUUGCUCUAAUGUUAUUAAAUGGUACGAUGAAUGAUUCCAUAUUAAGAUUAUGAUAUUCUAUAAAUCAGCACUUUUAGCCUUAACUA